AUGGACUCCACGCGCGACGACGUGCACACACCCAGCAAGCGGCACAAAGGCUACAACGGCUUCCCUACUCCCACAGACGGCCACGAGCAGCAACCGCCGCAAUCAUCGCCGUCUCCUUCCCCUGGUCAAGCCCAGGCGCAGUAUUCCGCGCAACAAGCGUACGCCUCUCCGCAGCAAGCGUACGGCGCACCCCAGCAAUUCACCUCCCCGCAGCAACCGUACGCGUCCCCUCAUCAACCAUUCAACACGCCGGUCACCGCGUCGCAUGCAGUCGGCCCGGUUUCUGGAAACAACGGGAUCGGUGGUUCGCCCUUGACUACCGCCAUGGCUCCCCCCAGCGCUCCGUCAGUCGCGCUGGAGCUAACGCAUGGCGGCUCCCAACCUGUCUCCGCUGCCUCUACCCCUGUCCGCGCGCAUUUUGCCGACGCGUCUCAAUCUACCCCUGUCCGCGCGCACCAACCGCACUCCCCCUCCCCCGCCUCCGCUGCUGCGCACGCGUCUGCGGUCACGGUUGUGCAGGCAUCUCCGCUUACUGUUGCGCCCAGUCCCUCCCCAUCUCCCGCUACGGGUACUCCCGGAGCCGUCGCAGCGUCGCCAGGCGGAGUAGGUGCGUCGCUGGGUGGAGUAGGACCGUCGCCAGGAGGAGUCGCAGCGUCGCCAGGGGUCGCAGGGUCAAUGCACGACCCGCCGUGCGCGGCGUGCAAGUCGCUGCGGCGGAAGUGCACGCGCGAGUGCAUCUUCCUGCCCUACUUUCCCCGUGACGAUCCUGAGAAGUUUGCGCGCGUGCACAAGGUGUUCGGAGCCAGUAACGUGUCCAAGAUGCUGCAGGAACUGCCCUUACACCAGAGGGAGGAUGCAGUGGCGAGUCUAGAUUCCACCUCUCCGCGUCUCCCGGCUGUUCCGUUUGUCUUCGACCAGAAAGGAAACGUUGACGAGAAGCAGAUAGGAAAGCUCGCGGAUUACGCGGCGGGAAACCCGGACCGCAUUCCGAAGAUCGUGGCGAAGCUGGAGGAGCGAGCCAUUCGAGAGCUGCGCGCCGAGCGGUUCAACUCGCUACCCGCCGUGGCUCGGUCGUACUCGAAACUGCUCUCCUCGUGUCAGAGCUCCCUCGCGCUGCUGGCGUGGAGCGUGCUGAGCGUGGUGCAGAAGCUGCUGCAGAGCAAGCGAGUGGACGUGCGGGUGCUGGGCUGCGACCUGCUCGCGGAUUUCGUGGACUGCCAGUCGGAUGCCGCGUACGCCGCGCCCAUUCAGAAGCUCUGCCCUACGCUCGUCGCCAUGGCGCACGAGGCCGGCUCGCAGGAAGACUCCCGGGCCGCCAGGUCGUCCGCGUUAAGAGCUAUCGCCGCUGUGAUCCUCUUCGUCUCUUACUUCUCCCAGCCCUGCGACUGCCUUGACCAGCUGCUGGCGGCCGUGCUGGACAACUACAAGCCGCACGCAGCAGGCGCCGGGGACGAGGGGGCAGCAGCAGCGGAGAAGGUGCGGGAGAGGACGCACGAGGCUCUCAAGAAGCUGACUCUUCAGCAGCAGCAACAACAGCAAGGGGGUGGUGGCAAGGAGAAAGAGGAGCUGCAUCAGGAGAGGAAGCUGGUCACUCCACUGCCCUCCAAGCAGGAGCUACAGCACCCAGAAGUGGCAGCGUUGGUGGCGGUAUGGGCUCUCGCGCACAUGUUUGCAGCCGCGGUGCCUCUCUCCUCUCAGCAGGUGCUGGCGCAUCUGCUGCUCUACCUCUCCAACGGCUCCCACUGGGCCGACUUCGAGGCGCCUCAAAACCACUGGGUUGCACCCCUCAUACAAGAGCUACAGCACCCAGAAGUAGCGGCGCUGGUGGCGGUGUGGGCGCUGGCGCACAUGUUUGCAGCCGCGGUGUCCCUCUCCUCGCAGCAGGUGCUGGCGCAUCUGCUGCUCUACCUCUCCAACGGUUCCCACUGGGCCGCGCCUGCUAGCCAAGGCGACGCAGCAGCAGCAGCAGCAGCAGCAGCGGGGGCAGGGGCGGAGGCGGGGGCGGCAGGCAGGGGAGGGGUUGCAGGGCAGCUGUUAGAGGAUAUCUGUCUGGCUCUCCGGUUCCUGGCCACUCGCUCUCCUUCGCCCACCAAGGAGGAGCGGCGGCUCCUACUGGCGCUGCUAGCAGCAGUGAUCCGCCACGCGGACUCCUCCCCCGCCCUGCGCUCCCCCCGCAUGCGCCACGACGCCCUUGCUGUCGCGGGGGGGCUGCAGAUGGCGCACCUGCUGCUGGCGGACGGGGGGAAGGAAACCGGGGGACAGGGCGCAGGGGGAGGGCCUGGGAUUGGGGAGGAGAAAAGGGAGAUUAGCGCAGGGGGAGCGGGAGGGGCGGUGAGCAUGAGAGGAGGGCCGGAGGCAGCGAGUGAGGUGCAGGCUGUGGGCGACUUAUUGCGGAUACUGAAGCGCAGUAUAGUGGAGGAGAAACAGGGGGGCGGCAUGGACGAUAAUAUCAUAGGGGAGGGGCAGGUGGGGGGUGGCGUGUCGUUCAGACGGAGACAAGGCGAGCAGCCUGCUCUGCAGGAGCAGGCGCUGAAGCUGCUGGUGCUCGUGACAUCGUUGCAUGCGGGCAGUCCAAAGGACCGAGCAGCGCUGCUGCUGGACGACACGGCAGUGUUCCUCGAGUCCCUGCCGUCCGACCCCUGGGGCUCCUGGGCCACACUCGUUGCUGCAGAGGCUGCUGCCGCCGUUGUCGUGCUGCCCGUGGCUGUGGCCGUGGAGAGAAACGAGGGGGAGGAGGGGGGGGAAGGGGAUGAGGGGGAGGAGGGGAACAGGAAGGGGUCUGGAACCUUGGGAAGCUUCCCGGAUGCUGCGCUCCUCAGCAUCCUCCGUGCCUUCCUGCACCCGCACUCCGAGACAAGAGACGCUGCCCACCACCUGCUGCAGCUGCUUCUCCGGGGCCCUGCAGCCUUCCCACCAAAUGACAGGGACUGCUACGGCCUCGUUAUUGCAGCCAGUGCUGUCACAACCAGUGCUUCUGCUGCUCAUCCACUGGCCUCCAUAGAGGACAUUAAACGGCCCCCUCUGUCCCCCUCGCCGUCCCAACUCCCUCUGCUACUAUCCGCGCUCUGGCUGCAAGCAGCCAUGCCCUCCACCGCCCCCAAGUCCCUCUGUGCCCUCUCCUCCACCUUCCACGCCCUCCUGCCCUGCCUCUCCGCCCCACCUCCCCCUCCCUCUUCCCCCGCCUCCCCCUCCUCGCAAUCCCUGUCCUCCUCGCUCCUCCAGUCCUUCCAGCUCGCUCUCUCCCUCCGCCGAAAGGCCCUCUCUCUGCCUUCCGUUGCAGCACAAGGGGCAGAUGGGAGAGGGGGAGGGGGUGCAGGGGCGGAAGUAGAAGAAGAGGGGGGAGGGGGUGGGGGAGAGGCGGAGUGGACGAUAGGGCCGGUGGAUCGGCGGUCGGUGUUCACUGUAGCCACUGCCAUGCUUGCAGGUCUGGCUGGCAGCCUGGGCAUGGAGGAGGUGGCGGCGUUUGUCCUGUCUGAAGAGGCUUCGUCGGCUGCUCUGGCCAACCCCUUCCACGUCAUCAAUCCCGACGGCACGCUCUCAGAGCGCCGCCCGCCCACCUCUCAGAGUGCGUUCGGCUCGCCUGCUGACUCAGAGCGGGCGGCGGCUGAGCUGGCAGGGGCGAGCAGCAAAGAGGAGGAGGUGCAGGUGCAGCUGGGGGAGAAGAUAGCUGCUGCAGUUGUAGCUGCGUUCCCGGGUCACUCGGUGGAGCCAGCAUUACUCCUGGCGCCGUUCCACCCAUCAGACUCUCUCGCCCUCACACCUGCAGCCGACAUGCUCGCUGCUGUCGCUGCCGACUCCGCUGCUCCCAUCCUCCCCUCCUUUGAGGACUUGCCGGCUGCCAUUCCUGAUGAGGAACUCUUCCGAGCCUCCUCCGUCCCGGACCUGGCCAGGCCCGGCCAAGGCAGCAACGAUGGGAGCAACCGAGGCUCGGACAAUGCCGGUGCUGCUUUGGCGGAUGAUAAAGCAGGUGCAAGUGACGGGAAGAAGACGAGCGGCAAGAAACGUAGAGCGGAUCCAGCCAAUGAAGGCGAUCCACGUGUCGGCGCGGACAUAUGCACCGUUGCGACAGCGGUAAGCACGGCGGGAGGCGCGGCGUCGGCCGGUGAAGGGAAGAAGAAGAGAGCGCGGAAGGCCAGGGGUGAGGGGAGUGAGGCGGGCGCGCAUAAGGAAGAGGGGGGGGAGAAGGGUAAGCUUACGGAUGAGCGGGAUGAGGCGGAGGAGGACGGGGGAGAACAGGGGGAAGCGGAGCAACAGGGGGAAAUGUCAAGCGCAGCAGCUGAGGACAAAUUGGUAGCAGGGGCGGAAGAUGCGGAAUUGGGGGAAGAUGCGGAAGAGGAGGAAGCGGAAGAGGGGGAAGUUCCGCAAGACGACAAUGAUGCCCACGGGUUCGUGGAAGCGGACGCGGAGCUUUCCCCGCGCGAGCUGCUUCCGCAACUAGACGCGGAGGCCGCCAGCCAGAGGCGCAUCAAGGCGCACAAGCUGGUCGCGGAAGCGGCGGCGGCCGCUGCGCGGAGUGCCACCCAGGGGAAAGAACGCGGAAGCGGUAGUGGAGGGGGAACGGCGGCAGCAGCGGCGGCGGCGGAGUGGUUUCAGGCGCAGGUGGUGGCGAACUGCGGCAGAAGCAUGUCGUCCGUUGAGCGCGAACGAGUGAUCCCAGCCUCGUCCAUUGCGAUCUACAACAUCCACUCACCCUCCUCGCCGCAGCAGCCCGCCCCCAGCACCACCACCCAGGCGCCAGGUGCGCAACCGGGCGGCAGGGGACCGGGCGGCGGGCAAGCGGGCGGCAGAGGGGCGGGCGGCAGGGGAGCAGGGAGGGGAGGUAAGGCCGGCAGCGAGUCUGCCGCCGCCCACGUGGGGCCGAGUCUUGUCGACCACCUGAAGCGCAGUCUCGGCGCCACGUGGCGGUCGCUGCUGCUGCCACCUGGCGACAAGCAAGAAACAGACAAGGAUCAAAAGAAGGGGCAAGGGCGGAAGCCAAAGGGGCAGAAUCAGCAGCAGGGGCAGCAGGGGCAGCAGGGGGGGAAAGAAGAGGAGGGAGACGCAGAGUGGGAGGCGGGGAGUCCGGUGGUGCUGAUAGUGUCAGCAUCGGCAGUGCGGUGUGUGGACCUGCUGAGGGCGUGCAAGGGCGUGGGGCGUGGUUGCCGCGUGGCCAAGCUGUUCGCUAAACACCUGAAAGUGGAGGAGCAAGUUGAGAUGCUGAAAGGGCCCGUGCACAUCGCUGCUGGCACCCCCAACAGGCUGCUGAAGCUCCUCUCAUCCGGUGCCCUACGUCUUGCCUGUCUCCGUGUGGUGGUGCUGGACAUGCUACCAUCGCCCAAGGCCUUCACCCUCCUCUCCAUGCCUGACGUGCGGGUCGAGUUCUGGGAGCUGUAUCUGAAGCAUCUGCACGAAUCGGUUCUCUCGGAAUCUGCUGUGCUGGCGCUCCAUGGUUGGACCGGUGACACUUCGCCGCCCAAAGCGGGCGGCGGGAAGAAGCUUCCUGGAGAGCAGAUGAAGGGAAAGAAGCGGGCGGCAGCCGGUGCAAGGCGGGAAGAAGGAGAGGAAGAAGGAGAAGGAGGAGGAGGAGGAGGAGCAGAGGAUGCAGGAGACACAUCAGGAGGGGAAGAGGGGUUGCAGAAGAAGCAGAAGAAGCGCAAAGCUUCAAAGGCAACUGCUGGAGCUGAGAUGAGUGGGGCUGUGGAGGAAGGGGCAGGUGGUGCGGCAAGGGGACCGGCAGGAGACGAGCGCAAGGGGAAAGGGAGGCGUGAAGGGGGGAGAGGCAGAAGGGGUGGUGGUGGGGGGAGGGGUGGCGGAAGAAGGGGUGGUGUGGGGGGAGGUGGUUUGGUGAGAGGUUUUGGGGGAAGAGGUAGUGGUGCAAGGGGUGGCGGGGGAAGGGGUGGAAGGGGAAGAGGCGGCGGGGGAAGGGGGGGGAGGGGGCGGGGCGGUGGUGGAAAGCGCAGUGGUGAUUGA